AUGGCCUCGUCAACGUCGCUCACGAAACUUGAGAACAUCUUGGAUGACAAUGGCGAGGGAACGAAACGAGUGGAAAAGAUGCUGGGGCCCGCACGUCCAGUGAGGACACGCAUCCAAGAAUUUAAACCAGAAAUGGCUUGCGGUCUAGCGUUGAAGCGUCCGCAUGAGUAUGAUUCGUAUUUGGCUGAUGAAAGCUUCCCUCAUGAGGCUAAACGUGCUCGCCAAACUGCGGCUCAUUGCUCUCCGUUUCGGCCUCAGAUGGGUACGAUAGCCGCUAAUCUCCCGUCAACUAGUAGCUUCGCUCAGGCUGUUAACAAGGACGAUUCUCCGUUUGCGGCGGUAGCUGGCAAAUGUCAGUUAUCAGAAUCUCAACUAGAUGCCUACCUUCGUUCGGAAGUACGAAGUGGACAGCGUCGGAAGUUGUUGCCAAAAAGGAGUUGCAUAGAUCUCAAAGUUGAAGAUGAGAACACCCCACGUAAAGAAUACCGAACUCCUAAUUCUCCUCCCCAGUCUGGAUCUGACUCGGAAGGUGAGAGCACAAGCAUUCGAAAGAGUGGUGUAAACAGUUAUCAGGCGCUUGUGGAGAAGCCACAAUUUAGCCUCAAACAGGUGCGGAUGAUCUGCGAACGCCUACUCAGAGAACAGGAAAUGCGCCUUCGAUACGAGUAUGAAUUAGCACUGAAUCAAAAACUUGACGAACAACAUGAACAAUACGUCCAAUUUGCAAACGAACAGAUGGCAUCGCAGUUUAAAGAGAAUUCUGCUGGCGAAUUUUCAUAUCUUUCAUAA